AUGGGAGGGAUCACUAUUGUGUCUUAUAAGUUUAAUCUUAAUGGUGAAUACUCUGAGUUUUUACAAGCCAAGAGAGGAAUCAGGCAGAGGGACCCUAUCUCCCUUCUUCUCUUUGUUAUUCUUAUGAAGUAUAUGCAUAGAUCUUUGAUCAAGAUGCAUAAAAUCCCAAUUUUAACCAUCAUGGCAAAUGUGAAAGUUUUAACCUCAAAAACCUCACAUUUGCUGAUGAUGUGUUGUUAUUUUAUAGAGGAGAUUCUAAACUGGCCAUUACAUGCCCUUGGUGGACAAAAUUGUGGGGAAAAUUUAUCAUUGGUCUUCUAA